AUGGCCUCCCCCCCCUUCCCGCCGAAAGGUCACCACCCACCAUCCUCGGACGGAGGCAACCCGCAAUCUCCCUUCGCUCGAGCCUUGGGAAGCAAAACAGCCACCAAUCUCGCAGCGGGCGACGAGUGCGAAAAUUGGUGCCAAAGUCGGAUGGACCAUGAGGCGUCCGUUUCAAGCGUCCGAUCCAGCUACGCGUACGGAGUGCUCCGUACUUGCCUGCCCAUCAACAACAAGAGCCAGGGCCAGGGCCAGAGCCAGAGCCAGAGCCAGAGCCAGAGCCAGAGCCAGAGCCAGAGCCAGAGCCAGAGCCAGAGCCAGAGCCAGGGCCAGGGCCAGGGCCAGAGCCAGAGCCAGGGCCAGGGCCAGAGCCAGAGCCAGAGCAAGUGCGAGAGCAAGAGCGACAGCGACAGCAGCACAAAAUCAGCCCUGGCCGCCGAGGAGCGGUUCUCGGAUGAAGCUCGCCGAGGAGCUCCAACACCAAUAAGAGCUCGUCAUGUUCAGAAAUGCACCCACAUAUUUGGCACGAAUGCAAACGCCAUCCGAGCUCGAGCGGCAAGGUCCCCCAUGCCAGGAGCUCGACGGGCCUGUCGAAAGCCAAUUGGCCGCCCGGCGCUGAAACGGAAAUGGGGUCGUCAGCCCUCUGGGGCGGCUGAGGUGGAGGCGAGGGCGACGACGGCUCUGCUAGCGCAUCGCAAGUGCUCGAGAUGGCAUGCGCUCGCUCGGAACUCGGGACCUGAUUGGGGUUCUUCACUUCCUCCGUCCUUCAGUCGGUCCUCGAAGAGGAGGGAGGGGGGGGGACGCGCCAGCGAAUUCGACGAAAGGGAGACGAGAACGCCUCGACGCCUCGACGCCCGCGAGCCCAGGCCAAACCGAGGAGGGAUAUUUCCGAACGGACGAGGCUUCGACGAUGCAGCCCAGAUGGCAGGUCACUUCUCGCCCGUCGCCGAGGGAAUGUGUACCUUGGUCGUCGACGUCCUGCGCGCUGGCACCGACUGUACGCACCACACGCAGCACGGCGGCAUUCGCUUCGUCGACGUUCGGGACCUGCGAGCCACAGCAAACACUCUUUAA